AUGUCGCAGGAGCCAGCUUACAAGAAAGACAGCAAAGUCGAAUAUAAGGAUGACCUAGGAGAGGGUGCUACCGGCACCGUGACAAGAGAACCUAAAUCCGCCCAGGACACUUACACCAUCAGGAACGAGAAUAAGAGAUCAGACCAGGUGAAAGAGCAAGACAUAAUACGGGAGGUUCCCGACGUUGACCGGGAUUAUCGGGAGAGGCAGCUGAGGGCCGAACGUGAUGCUGGAAGAGCACCUGCCCAUCAGGCUACGGACACGCGAUGGGAUCCCGCAGCGGCAAGAGAUCCCAAUGCAUGA